GCGGGUCCCCACAUCUGUACCCUAGAGUUCAGAGUGGGGAAGGAACUUUGACAAUGGUGAAUGGGAUGGAGUAAACUGGGAUUUUUUUUUUUAUUUCUAAAGACAUUUUCCUGGGGGUUCACGGUUCCUUUUUGAAGAGCUAUACAAGUAAUUUGCUAAAAUGGCUGGUACCAGGCCAUGCUGAAAAGGAAGAGAAGCUAUAGAGAAUAUGGUCGAAUUUCUUAAAUGUCAUUAAAACUACUGCAAAUUAGAGUGAUGAUCAUUUUGCUCCAUUUUAGGGAGGUGUGAUUUUCAGCGUGCGCGCGUGUGUGUGUUGUGCUGUGAGAGUGUUAAUGGUCUUCUGGCUCUUUAAGAAGAUCUCUGCUCUGUGGUGUCUGUUCAAGUGAGGUUAAGUGGCAAUGUGCUUUAACCAGUGAGCAUGUAACUAGUUGGAGGAGGUUUGUACUUUCCUGACAGCUCAUAAACAGCAGAAGAGGCUUCUAAUGCACUUUCUCUGCUACGAGAGGAAAGUGGUCUGCUGAUAAUUGUCAAAGAUUUUGAUCUGAUGGUAUCCCAGAAAAUGAGGAGGAUCAGGGGUUGGCUGAUUGGGUGUGGAAGAAACAGCCUUAUUGUGGCUCUCCUGUGGGCAACAUUGGAAAUAAAAGCCACAGGAUGUGACAUGCUUGAAAUCAUUUACCCAUCAGCCAGCUUUAUCCUUAAAGAAGGAGAUCUCCUGACCUUGAAUUGCACAGUGUGGCAUCAACAGAAACAGCCUUCAGAUCUGAAGGUCUAUUGGUGUAAACAGGUGAAAAAUCAGCACAACUGUGCUAGGGUUGGCAAAGAGCUGGAACGCUUGCUAUCAACAGAGCACUUAAAUCCCCAAGCAAGGGUCAGCUUGUCUCUGCUCCUGCAGAUUCAUAAUGUCAGCCAGUCAGACAGCGGUGUUUACCAGUGCAGAGCCAAUGCAAGUAACGAGACUUCUAUGGGUCACUAUAUCAGAGCGAACGUAACAGCAGAAGAAUUAAAUCAUGUGAGUUCUUUGAACACCACAAGGAGUCCAGAGGCUGUCUCCCAAGGCAGCAAAGCUCUGAGGAUGGAUAUCUGGCUGGAAAAGACAUGGGCAGUGAUCAUGAUACUCUGGCUGACCCUUUCUUAA